CGCGCGAACCUUCGCGCGGAUGUAUGCUCGAGUAGAGGAUAUCGGUCUUACGGAAGAUCGGAAACUCUAGUUAAAGAGCAGUCUCGUGUAACCGAAUUCGUACAUCGUACAUCGUCGCGAGGCUGACGGGAAGGUGCGUUGCGUCACACCGCCCCGACGCAACCCGGUCCGACGAUGUCGUUUUACUCGCCGAGAUUUGCGGACCAGCUGCGCGGCAUGUCCGGCGACGAGCUGCUGCGCGAGAUGAAGCAACGAUUCAACGAGGACAACGCGAGGGACGCGUUCUUCGAAUCCGAGGGCAGACCCACCCGGGGCGACUCCUUCGGCGAUCGGCCCUUUUCGCAUCUCUCGAGAGGUUUCCCGUUUGACGACGACACCGACGUUUUCGAGCGUCCGCGUGGCGACGGCAUUCGCGCGCACUUGGACGACCUUGCGGCGCGACACCCCGAGUUCGCUGAGCACCUGCGCGGUCCGCCUUGGCCGUUCGGCGGUUCCUUGCUGCGCGACCGUCGCCGCUGGCGCCGCGAUUCCGGUAGCAAUAACAACAACGAUCAGCAACAACAAGGUCAGCAACAUCAGGACGAGGACGUGCGUAGCCAAGCGAGUGGUAGCAGCGCCGCGAGUGGAGCGAGUGCCGUCAGCUCGCACAGCGGCGGCGGCAGCGACGGUGGCGAGUACAACCUGACGUCAUCGUCUGCGAUACCACAGUACGGUCUACGCAAUACGGUAGACAUAGGUCAACAGCAGCGGCGUCGCGAUAUGGAAGCGAACCUGGAAAAGGGCGAGCGCGGCCAGCGCUCAAUGUCGGCACCGCCACCGGAGAGUUGGCAGCAACAAGGUCGAGAUCAGCAGCAAUCGCAACCCGAUCAAGGACAGAGGUUCGUGUCCCGGGUAGACAUCACACCGCAGCACAAUCAGCAGCAGCAACGCGCCCAAUCACCGAGUAAACCGGCUAGCAACGUCCGUCACAUCCCCAUCUUUGUCGAGGGUCGCGAUACACCGGUGAUACCAAAGUUCGCACCCGACGAUGUGCCGUCCGCUUUUCAGCAGCGACAACCGUCUCCACCAUCAUCCCAUCACUUCGAGAGAUCGUCACCGCCACCGCACCACUUUCACAGACCCUCGCACUUUAACGAACGCUUUAGCCGGCAGCAGUGGCCGCCCUCACACUUCCAAGAUGCGUUUUACAAGCCGGCUGAUUUCGAACAGCCGAUGCGACGACAAUUUCAGCAGCAGCAACAUCAGCAACCCCAAUAUUAUUAUCAACAGCAACAGCCUAAGCAUCAUCAGCAACCUCAGCAACAACCGCAAUAUUACGAGCAACAUUAUCAGCAACAACAACCUCAACAACAAACUCAAUCUCAACAACAACAAUCGCAACCAGAAGAACAACAACAACAACAAGAAUCGCCUAAGCCAAAGCCUUCAGUGCCAAAGGAUCCCCUGGAAAGAGUGUCCCAGAUACAAAAAGAUGUGGACGAUCUCGCUGAGCAAGUGCGACGUUACGUUGGCGGCUCUCGGCAAGAUAAGGAAUACAUCUACUUAGACGAGAUGUUGACGCGCGAAUUAAUUAAACUAGACGACAUCGAGACUGAAGGCCGGGAGAAUGUGCGACAGGCGCGUAAAAAUGCCAUCAAGAGCAUACAGGAUACCAUUAGCCUGCUAGAAACGAAGGCAUUACUUGCGAAUCAGCAGGAACAACAAGCCGUCGCACGAGAAGAGGUCCAGGAGGAAUGCGCUGGGAAAGAUCAGCAGGGAGAAGAAAUCUCUCAAGUUCACGAGCCUAUGGAAGUGAAACAGGAGAAACAAAACAAUGAGCCGAUACCGCUUCCGCCAGCGCCAUCAGCAUCGACAAAGACGAAAGCGGUAUCCUCGGAAAGUGAAAGCGCGGCGACAAUUGUUAACUCCACAAAUCAAAGCGUCGCUACCGCCGGCCCACAGAACACUGAACAAACUGCGGACAUUGCGCAGAAAAUCGAACAAAAAACAGAAAAUGCAGCAGAAAAUAUAAAACGGCCCGUUGCACCGUCAUUGACGGAUGAAGCGACCAGACGUAUGGACGAAACGUGUAAGAUAUCAAAAUCGAGUGAGGAAAAAGAUGGAGAACAAAAAGACGGCAUGCUGGAAAUGACAGAGAACAAGGAUGUGCAAUCAAAAGAGCAAGUGGAGAAAACGGGGAAAAUGGAGGUGAGUGAAGGCGGACAACGCAGUUCGACGGAAUCUCCGAGGUUGCAGAAAAAAGCGAAGAAAACAAAAAAAAGGAAGCAGCAACAACAGCCGGUUUCUGAGCAACCGAUUCCGCUGCCGCCGCCACCGACGGAGAGCGCGAAAUAAAAAUGGAACGCUGAAGAAGUGUCGUAUAGUUAAAUAUGGAUCUUAACGUGCAUGUGACUCUACGAGAGUCGGCGAAUGAGAGAGAGAGAGAGAGAGAGAGAGAGAGAGAGAGAGAGAGAGACAGACAGAGAGUUUUGUGGAUUAUAAAAAUCGACUAGAAAGAAAGUUUUGAUGAAUCGUGAAAAAAUGCCGGAUAACGAAGAAGAGAAAAAGUUUCGGAGAACCAAAUUUCGAAUUGUAGACAUCACAAAGUGACACUUGGCUGAUGACUUGUAAAGGCGCUAAAUAAACACUGCUAUCAAUUCUUACUUUCUCCAGAGUUCUAGAGCUAGAGUCAAGCUAAUCGCGUUCGAGCCGAGCAACAAAAUCGAACUCUUCGGUUCCGCGAGUUCACUCGUCGUUUGCCUUAGGACGAGGCCUUCUUUUAUAGAAUAAUGAUGAACGGGAACGAACUGGAGUGGUACCGCUUAUGAGUUUGCUUCGUCGAGAAGAGAAACGAUCUUUGAUCUGAAGUUCUAAUCAGCCGCACGUCUGAUGCUGCAUGUUCCAUUAUAUUUUUUCAACUCUAAGAAAGAAUCUACGUAGAGAUGCAACAAUUUUCUCUCUAUCAACGAUGUAUAAUCCUCAUCUUUCGUCUAAUUUAUUUGCGAACUCAUGGAUGAGAAAUAGCGAGAUCGCGGAGAUAGACGGAGAUCGCGUCUAGCUUAUAUGGGGUAGAUUCGAAAUCUCAUAGAAAAAAAAUCAAAGACUCAGGCUUAAAGUUUAGGAUAUCAGCUUCGAAGACACCCUGUAAAAGGAGAGACGUAGUUUCCCUGUAUACUCAUCUGUUGACCAGACCAAUUUAUACCGAUAUUCAUUUAAAAGCAACUUGGAUCCGGAGAAAUUUUUACGUAAGUGAAGUAAUCUUAGAGGAAAUAUUUUUAUUUUAUAAAAUGAAUAUAAAGGAUACAUUUUAAAAUUUGUUAUUCGAAUCAGAAUUUUUCUUCAAAUUCUUCACGAUAUGCAGGAAAAUUGGUCUGUUUGACAAGUAUGUAAUAUACUCAGUGUAGCGUCACGUAGAGUGUGCACGCAAUGAUGAUAAUAUAUUUCUAAUUUAUUGUAUGCCUGGCCGCGAGAUAAUUUCGUGUUCGCGAGUGUGUUUGUUGUUUAUGCUAAUAAUUCUCUUCGUAUCGUGCGCAUAUCCGCCGGUACAAAGUGGCACGAAUGUGUAUACAAGGCAUAUGGAUACACACAUGCGUACAUACAUACGACACACAAACUGUAGAGUCGUGAAUGCCGAAAAUAUCGAUUCGGUGUGUGUGUGUGUGUGUGCAUCGCCUUCAUUUCUUAUCUUCCUAAACUUGAUCGACCUUCACUCGAUGUGUCUCGUGACAUAUAUUAAUUUGCAUACAUUAACGCGCGCAUAUUUGUGCAAACGAUCAUAUAGUAUGUAUAAAUUAUAUAUUGGGUUCCUGUAACCCAACCAGAUAUUUUUCUAAUAAAAAAAAGUUACAGAUUUUAAAGAAUUACAAAUUUACAUGUGUCGAAAAAAGGAUAUGGGAUCAUGAAACAAUUGUAAAAUUAAAAUUCAAAUCUUGAGCUCUAUAAUAAAAUAUAGAUCUUGCUCUAUAAUAAAAUAUAGAUCAACGGGAAGUUGAAAAGAAUUGUGAUUUACUUCGUUAUAUUUACUUCGACAUUGAAUCAGUUAAUUUCUUUUUCUUGAUUCUGUGACAAAACUUGGUUUUGUGCGCGAAAUUGAUUCUGCAGUGUUGUAUCCAAUUUAGGAAGAAAAAAACUAAUUACCUAUUAUUAUUUUAAAAGAAAUAAAUAUAUAUCUU